CCGCGCGCAAGCCGGGACCGCCGCGCGCCGCGGCUGGAUGCGAGACCAGCUCCAGGAACAGGCUCCUGAGACUCUGGUUAUCACACCAGGAUAACGACUUGAAACCCAGGUUAUUUCUUCUUAGCCAAAAAAAAAAAAAAAAAGCCUCAAUAUUAAGUGCUUUUUUGAAGCGCUAAUUUUGCCAGUGAUAAAAUCCAGCCUCUCAGUUUCAGCACAAUGCAAAGAGCCUCGCGACUGAAGAGGGAGCUCUCCCUCUUGACCACAGAGCCGCCUCCAGGCAUCACCUGCUGGCAAAAUGAAAACCAGCUGGAUAACCUACGAGCACAAAUUUUGGGAGGUGCAGACACACCGUAUGAGAAAGGAAUAUUCGACCUGGAAAUAGUUGUUCCUGAAAGGUACCCGUUUGAGCCCCCAAAGAUUCGCUUUCUGACCCCUAUCUAUCAUCCUAACAUUGACUCUGCUGGAAGGAUUUGCCUGGAUGUUCUUAAAUUACCACCAAAGGGCGCGUGGAGACCUGCCUUGAACAUCUCCACGCUGCUGACCUCCAUCCAGCUGCUGAUGGCGGAGCCCAACCCUGACGACCCGCUCAUGGCAGACAUAUCCUCAGAGUACAAGUACAACAAGCAACUCUUCUUGCGAAAUGCCAAGGAGUGGACUGAGAAAUACGCGAGCCAGCAGAAGAGGGCUUCCAAGCCUUUGGAAGAGAAAAUAAACCAAAGCGAAAGGAGUGCUGCCGAUGGCUCUGCCGUGCAGAAGAGAAAAGGGAGUAACCUCAGCAAGAAGGAGAAGAAAUCUCGCCUGGAUUCCUGAGCGGGCUGUGGUGGCGGUGUGGCUGGCUGGCACCUCCGCUUUCCCUGUCCUUGGCCCCUGUACACCGGUUUUCCUGAAUAUUUUAACUGACGUGUAGCUGGCUUUGCUUUCCUGUUUCCUAGGGUUGGUUUUUUGUGUGUGUGUGUGAGAAGUUCCAUUAAAUAAAUAAAAUAUAAAGCUUUAAUUUAUAUCUAUUUUUCUGUUUUGUUGUGUGGAAUUUUGGGAAUAUUGAGAAGAAAAGGGAAAACUGGAAGUACCGGUUCAGCUUCCCAUUUCCAGCUUCCUCUCGGAGAAAUGGGAACAGCACCAGGUAUUUCAGAUCCUGUUUUACUGUCCCUGUCUCGGCACGAACAGCAGGGGCUGAGCAGCGGCCACACUGGGACCACUUUGUGGAAAUCCUUCUCCGUGCGGGACAAGGAGCCGGAGGGGCUGAGGAGGAAGGAGGAGAGGUCUGGGUGGUGCACGGGAUGGGGGGGGUCCCUGUCACCAGAACUGUUUAAUUUUGUGAAGAUCGAUGGCAGAGCGCAGUGGGAGCAGCUCUGCAGAGAGGGACGGGGGAGUCCUGGUGGACACCAAGUUGCCUGUGAGCCAGCAAUGUGCCCUGGUGGCCAAGAAGGCCAAGGGUCUCCUGGGGGGCGUUAAACAGAGCGUGGCCAGCGGGUGGAGGGAGGUUCAUCCUCCCCCUCUGCUCUGCCCUGGGGAGGCCACAGCUGGAGCACUGGGGCCAGUGCUGGGCUCUGUGGUUGCAGAAGGACGGGGAACUGCUGGAGAGGGGACAGCAAAGGGCC